AUGGUUUGGACGAGACCUGCUUGCAUUCUCUCUUUCAUCUUGUUUUUUGCCCACAUAGCAGCUGUAUCGAUUAAGCAUCUUUCUGAAGGAAGUGUACAUGAUGGAGAGUUUGAUGAACAGAAGGAUAUUUCAGAAAUCAAUUUAGCUGCAGGCUUGGACCUCUUUCAGGGGGACAUUUUUCUACAGAAUUCCAGAAAUGGCCUGAGAGACCCCAGCGCCAGGUGGAAGUUCCCCAUCCCUUACAUCCUGGCUGACAAUCUGGCACUGAAUGCCAAAGGAGCUAUUCUCUAUGCCUUUGAAAUGUUCCGCCUCAAGUCCUGUGUGGAUUUCAAGCCCUAUGAAGGAGAGAGCUCAUACAUCAUCUUUCAGAGUUUUGAUGGGUGCUGGUCUCAGGUUGGCGACCAACACGUAGGACAAAACCUUUCCAUUGGCCUGGGAUGCGACUAUAAGGCCAUCAUUGAACAUGAGAUCCUGCAUGCUCUGGGGUUCUACCAUGAGCAGUCAAGGACGGACCGGGAUGAUUAUGUGAACAUCUGGUGGGAUGAAAUUCUUCCAGAUUAUAAGCACAACUUUAACACCUACGAUGACAACUUCAUCACAGACCUCAACACACCCUAUGAUUACGAGUCUUUGAUGCACUACGAGCCUCUCUCAUUUAACAAGAAUGCUAGUGUCCCCACCAUCACAGCCAAGAUCCCUGAGUUUAACUCCAUCAUUGGGCAGCGCCUGGAUUUCAGUGCUAUGGAUUUGGAGAGGCUGAACCGAAUGUACAACUGCACCACAACUCACACCCUUUUGGACCACUGUGAUUUUGAGAAGGCAAACAUUUGUGGGAUGAUUCAGAGUACCAGAGAUAAUGCUGCCUGGGUCCAUGAGGACAGCACUCAGCCUGGACAAGCAGAUCACACCUUGGAGGGACGAUGCACAGGUGCCGGCUACACCAUGUACUUCAAUACCAGCUUGGGGAUAGCAGAGGAGGCAGCCCUGUUGGAGUCUCGGAUUCUUUACCCAAAGAGGAAGCAGCAAUGCCUGCAGUUUUUCUACAAAAUGACAGGAAGCCCUUCAGACAGACUCAUCGUCUGGGUCAGGAGGGAUGACAGUACGGGCAACGUUCGCAAGCUAGUCAAGGUGAAGACCUUUCAAGGAGAUUUUGACCAAAAUUGGAAAAUUGCCCAUGUUACACUAAGAGAGGAAAAGAAGUUUCGCUACAUUUUCCAGGGCACAAAGGGUGACCCCCAGAACUUGAGUGGGGGAAUUUACCUGGAUGACAUCACUUUGACAGAAACCCCAUGCCCGGCAGGGGUUUGGACGGUCCGGAAAUUCUCUCAAGUCCUGAAGAACACGGUUAAAGGGGACAAGCUUCAGAGCCCUCGAUUCUACAAUUCAGAGGGCUACGGUUUGGGGUUGACCUUGUACCCUCAUGGCAGAACGGACUCCAGGAGCUCUGAAUACUUGGGACUUGCCUUUCAUGUGUGUAGUGGAGAGAAUGAUGCUGUCCUGGAGUGGCCAGUGGAGAACAGACAGGUGAUAAUGACAAUACUUGACCAGGAACCCGAUGUCAGGAAGAGAAUGUCCUCCAGCAUGGUGUUCACUACCUCCAAGUCCCAGACGUCUACAGCAAUAAAUGGCUCCGUCAUCUGGGACAAGCCGUCUGUCAUGGGGUCCUAUGACAAGAGCUGUGCCUGUUUUAGAAGCAUCGACUGGGGCUGGGGUGCUGUCAUCUCCCACCAAAUGCUGAAAAGGAGGAGUUUCCUUAAAAAUGACGACCUUAUAAUGUUUGUGGACUUUGAAGAUAUCACCCACCUUAACCAGACUGAAGUUCACAUUAAAGACAGCAAGCUGAUCCCCCAAAGCCUCGUUCUCCAAGGCCAGGAGCAGCUGGCUUCAGGAGAAGGUUCAGGAAAGGCCUCCUUAGAGAAAGACCUACUGGGCAGCCUGGACCAGGGGCAUCGCAGCCGACAGAAGCGGUCGGUGGACAACACGGGCCCCAUGGAGGACCACAACUGGCCACAGUACUUGAGAGACCCAUGUGACCCGAACCCUUGUCAAAACGAAGGCAUCUGUGUGAACGUGAAGGGGAUGGCGAGCUGCAGGUGCGUCUCUGGCCACGCCUUCUUCUACACUGGGGAGCGAUGUCAGGCCAUGCAGGUGCACGGCAGCCUCUUGGGCUUGAUGAUCGGAGGCGCAGCCAGCAUGGUUUUCUUGACCUUCACCAUCAUCUCCAUCCUUCGCCAAAGGCCAGGCAGUGAUGCCCGCUGA